UUGAAAAGGCCUGAAUCACCUGCCAAAAGUAACACUGUUUCAUUUCAAUUUUAUGAUAGGCGUCCAGAAUGGAUAGCCACAGAUCUCUGGGACCGAUGUUCCCCACAAUGUGGUGAUGGCAUUCAGCACCAGAUAUUCGUGUGCGUUGAGAAAGAUAAAUAUAACAGCAGUCGAGUGAAACCUGAUCGAUUUUGCGGCUCCUUGCCUGUGGAAAUGCCCUCUGAUGCCGUGCGUCAAUGCAAUUGGGGUGACUGUCAAAGUAAAACAUGGUGGAGAGCCUCAAAUUGGUCGGAGUGCUCCCAGCCCUGUGGGAACUUGGGUUUUGCAACUCGAGAGGUGGAUUGUGUAAUGAGUGGUGAAGAGGGCGAAAUUGUAAUCAGUCAGAAGUAUGAAAAUGGAUUUUGUGAUCUCAGCAAGAAACCAGAAUCUCGAGGGCCAUGCAAUCGUUUCAAUUGUAUAGCAGAAUUUCAACCCCUUGAAUGGCAAAAGUGUGAGCAAAAGCUACCAUGCGCUAGCGGCGUUCAGAGGCGUCAGUUGUCCUGCCGUUCAUUGACACCCAGUGGAGAUUAUGUGGAGUUGCCAAGCGUGGCCUGCUACAAUCGUUUCAAACCCCCACCCUCUGUGUGGCGUAGAUGCUACCUGCCAAAAAUCAGCGCCGAAUGCGCUCAAGAGCUCCCCGUUAUUGAUGAAAUGAAAAUGGUUGUGGUACAAAUGCGAGCGGUACGCCGAAUGCGCUUACAAGUUGGCCAGGAGGCUUAUAUUCUUCCUGGAACCCGGCUAUCUAUCAAGUGUCCCGUGACAUUCUUCCCGAGUGCAAAUCUCUUAUGGUAUCACAAAAAAGUAGGCAAUCUCUCCUACUCAGGUCAUUCGGCUAAGGAUCCAGUUUCUCGGUUUGUGAGCAAGUCCGGUAAUCUGGUUAUUCGACGUUUCUCUCGUCCAGAUGAAGGUGAAUGGAGGUGUCAGGCUGGCAAAAGUGGUCCUCAAGCAUCAAUAAAGCUCCACUACAAUCUCCCAUCUCAAGGAUUGACUGAUUGGGAGACCAGAAAUCCCAAACGCAACAUUGAGAUACAAAACGAGGACCCCGCGGUAGUGAUGACACGUCAAAAGCUUGUUCAAUGGGUUGAGGGUCCGUGGUCAAACUGUUCUGUUCCUUGCGGAGGGCAUGGUAUUCAAACACGAGUUGUGAGAUGUGAACUUCUUGAUACGGGUGUCUAUCAUAUCCUGAACGACGAUGAAUGUAAGCGACAGUUCCUAGUGAAACCAAAGACUCAACGUGUAUGCAUGAACCUACCAAAAUGCCCUAAUUGGAAACUUCGUAAUGCUGACUAUACAAAGUGCUCUAAUAAUUGUAUCGGAGUUGGACGAGGAACCUACUCUGGAAAUAUGGCUUGUAUGCUAGGUGGCGUAGCGGUUCCGGAACAUCACUGUGAGCAAAUGACUAAACCUGACAUCUCAUGUGAAAACCCCCUGUGUGAGGCUAAAUGGUCGGUCUCCAAUUGGUCUCAGUGCUCCGUAACUUGUGGAGGUACAGGCUUCCAAUAUCGAGAACAGAAAUGCGUCUGGGCCCAUUCAAACAAACCCGCGGGAUCCGCCUGUUAUGAUGCAAAAAUAGAGGCUCCUCCUGCUGUGCAACAGUGCCAGGCCCCACCAUGCAUAACUAAAUGUGUCGAUUUGUCCGACCAAUGUCCCAAGUUCAAACAUUGGUGUUCGUUCCAUACAUUCAAGUACAAUUGUUGCAAGACCUGCCGAGACUAUGCGCUGAAAUUAAAUGAAUAUAAGAGCUGA